CUCCCAUUGAUUCGACCGGGCCGGACGAGCGGCCGGGUGCGUGUGCCCGAGCGCGUGCGGAAGGCAGAAGGGCAGGAAGUCGGUCUCUGGCAGCCAGGGUGGCGGCACCGCGCAGGGGACGCAGCCUUCCUUAUUUAUGUGUCUGCCGGCGUUUGUCUUCCUCGCCCGAAGACUUCAGGGAGCGUCUUGGAGCUGCGUUCCCCGCGUGUGAGGCACGGGAAGGGCUGGAUGUCUGAACAACAUGCUUAUCCAUUAACCUCCAAACUUUCCUUUUUUUAACCCAAAGAAUAUCGGUGAUUUUUGUUCACUGCUCGCAGAAGAGAGAACCCAGGGCCCUUGAAAUGCAGCAAAAUCCUUAUUUAUAAAGUGGCCCCACGGUAGUGAUAUGCGAACCCCCUGGACUCAGUGAAUCUUCUAUCCUAUGGAUAUCGGUCUUGGGAUUUGAGAUUGAAGAGCUGUACUACUGUCUGCACUGGGUCCGGCAGCCUCCAUCCUGUCAAUGCCCAGCUUCCCCUGGGACUGCUGGUCUUCCCUGGAGAUCAGAGUGGUCCUGUGUGCCAUGGGCUGCAUUCAAAGCAUCGGAGGCAAAGCCAGAGUCUUCCGGGAAGGCAUCACGGUGAUCGAUGUGAAGGCCUCUAUCGACCCCAUCCCCACCAGCAUCGAUGAGUCCUCCAGCGUGGUGCUCCGCUACCGGACACCCCACUUCCGUGCCUCGGCCCAGGUGGUCAUGCCGCCCAUCCCUAAGAAGGAGACCUGGAUAGUCGGCUGGAUCCAGGCGUGCAGCCACAUGGAGUUCUACAACCAGUAUGGGGAGCAGGGCAUGUCCAGCUGGGAGCUCCCGGACCUCCAGGAAGGCAAGAUCGAGGCCAUCAGCGACUCGGACGGGGUGAACUACCCGUGGUACGGCAACACCACAGAGACCUGCACCAUCGUGGGCCCCACCAAGAGAAACUCCAAGUUCAUCAUCAGCAUGAACGAUAACUUCUACCCCAGCGUCACGUGGGCCGUGCCCGUCAGCGAGAGCAACGUGGCCAAACUGACCAAUAUCUACCGGGACCAGAGCUUCAUCACGUGGCUGGUGGCCACCAACACCUCGACCAACGACAUGAUCAUCCUGCAGACCCUGCGCUGGCGCAUGCAGCUGAGCAUCGAGGUGAACCCCACCCGGCCCCUGGGCCAGCGUGCCCGGCUCCGGGAGCCCAUUGCCCAGGACCAGCCCAAAAUCCUGAGCAAGAACGAGCCCAUCCCGCCCAGCGCCCUGGUCAAGCCCAACGCCAACGACGCUCAGGUCCUCAUGUGGCGCCCCAAGUUUGGGCCGCCGCUGGUGGUGAUCCCGCCCAAGCACCGGUAGCGGCCGGGGGUGCCCGGGGGGCGACACCCGGAUGAGGACACCGCUCAAGCGACCCCCAACACGGACUCUGUGGUCAUUCAGCGAAAUACAACCUUUCUACCUUCUCCGGCGGGGCGGAUCUCACUGUGCGAAUGCCCCUGGGAUGGCCCCUCCCCACCCCGCCCCGCCCCCGCCCUUCUGGCACCUGCUUUCCUGGGGGAGGGGGAGGCCCAGGCAGGACCGACCCCCCAACGUCGCCCUGGGUCUUCUUCCCUCUCCUCGCAAGUUCAUUCAUUUGCAACAGACACCCUGAAACAACUGCUUUUUCUGUUCUUUUUUUUUUUUUUUUAAUGCCUCUUUACGAGGUUCAGGGUCUGAGGAGGAGCUGGUGAUGAGCCUGGUGGGCGCGGCGGGCCCCUCCAGGGGAAAGACCCACCCCCCUGCCCCCGCCCCGUCCUCCGUCACGCGGCCUUAUGUAGACUUGCUUUGCCAAACUUUUGCCUUAAGCUGAUUUUAAAGGAAAAAAAAAAAAAACCCGAACAAAGAAAGCAGGAUCUCUUUUCUAUUGGACUUUGUAUCUUCUGCCAGAGGCGAGGGAGGAGGGGAUGGGGAAAGAGAGAGAUGCCCCUGAGCCCCUCCUCCUGGGUAUUGCCCACAUGGUCGGGGGUGCCCAGGUAGAUCUAAAACCAGCUGCUCAUUCUUUCAUUUUAGCUGAGCUGAAACCACAGACCGAUUCUGCCCCUGAAGUCCCUGCUCUCUGCCCCAGGUAGAACCCCAUCCCCUACCUGCUGCCUGCAGAGAGGGCUCUGAGCUCUGAGCCGGAGGCAUCCCACCUCUCUUCUCUGGAGCCAGAACUUGCCUUGGGUGGGGCUAGGAGGAGAGAGGGCAGGUCCUGUGAGUUGCAGGUAAGAACCCGAGGAAUUUCCAGCAUCUUGGUCCUUGGAUGGGUCUGUUGGCACAUCUCAGCUUUUCUCUUUCCAUCCACACUGGUCCCCAACGCCAGGAGGGGGCCAGCCACCCUACCCAGCUGUAGUUCAGAGGUAAGAGGGCCUGCACCUCCCUGCAGCAUCUUCUCAGGGGACGCCCCUCCCAGGUACUCUGGGGGAGGGCUGCAGACAGGCUCUGGGCACUGCAGUGCUGGAGGUGGGGGCACCCACAGAUGGGCAUUCCUGGGUCUGGGAAGGAAGAAGGCAGACCCCCACCCCCACCCCGCCUCCGCUGCCUGUUCUCACAGAAGGGAACGAGGGCCCCCGUAGCUGGGGGAUGGAAGUGGGCCUGGGCCCUCUGGAGCCCCAGGACCUGGUCCUGAGUGACGCCAAGCUUUUUUUUUUUAAACAACGUCUGCUGCUUGCAGGAGCUGAGGGGACACCCAGCCGAAGCCCCCUUCCUCCAAGCUUGCCAGACCCACAGCGACGUCACCUGGGUCCCUCAUUCUAACGGAUCGUAAUCAAGCACAGAAAACUGUCAGAUGAGGGAAAUAAGGCAUUUCUGCUACAGAUGAGCCACUUGGAGGAGCCCCAGUGACUGUGGGAGGGCGAGGGUCACUGAGUCCUCAUUCUGCUCCUUUAUCCGUGGGAUACUGCAUUCAUUCAAGGGGUGCUUUACUGUCCAGCCAUCUCCCGAGCCCGCUCCCAGUGGGAGGCGAGCAGCUCUCCUGGAACCACUGGACGGGGGAGAACUUGGUGUGGCUGGCGGGCCACCUGGUGCUCGGGGACCCCUGUCAGGCCCCGGGGUUAGGGGGUGGUGGGGGGAGACAGCCAGCUUCCCUUGGUGUGUUUGGAGGGAGGCCUGCGCCCAGAGAGGCCACAGCCUCCAGCAAGGGGGAUACGAGGCCCCCUGCCCUGGGGACAAGCUGUGGAGGCGCCGGGGUGGCCAAGUCCGGCUGCCAUGGAUGGGACCUGGCCUCUAGGUGGCUAGGCCCUUCUCUGCACUCAGGUCUUUCUUGCACUAAAAAGGAGAGAGGGCUCUGGGAGAGGGGUCAGGAACCACAGCACUGCUUCUGGGCUGGGCCAUCACUGAGGAGUUCUGACUGGGGGAGGGGUGGCCCUGAGCUUUUCGGGGGGCAGAGUGUCCCAAGCCCACUCCCCCUGAGAGGCAGCAGGGCCCUCUCGGAGGCCAUCACUGCUCUGGCUGCCUCCACCCUACCUCCAUGCCUACCACAUGCCUGGGCUCCCAGUCAGCUUGCUGCCUGGCUCACUCCCCACCCCCAUCCUCUACCCCUCACACCUUUCUCUCUACCCCUCCUGGCCUUUCUAAAGAGAGGGCUGGGAAGACCCUGGGGAGGCUGGAGGUCCGGCUAAGGAUGCUCAACUUAGCCUGGGUCCGGUCCCUCAGCCUCUUGGAUCAGGAGCACAGACCCAGGCUUCUCACCUGGGCUCCCCGCCCUCAUCCCUCCAGUGUCCCCACUCCCCGGCGUGGACACACUCCUUCAGCAAUAAGGACCGUCCGCCGUCGUGGAGAGGACUGUGAAAGCAAACCAGUGCACUUACCAGGAGGCACAAGACUCUUGAAAAAAAAAAAAAAAUGUACCGUGAACCUUUUUAAAACAACAGCAACAAAUACAAAGAGAAAUAAAAUGGAAUUUUAAAGUA